AUGUCUCAAACAAGUGCACAACAGGGAUAUAUCGAUGAUUCCACAUCUUUCGAUACUUUUCAUUUGGAUUCGAGAUUGCUUCAAGCAAUACGCAGUAUCGGAUUCAAGCACCCAACUUUAAUCCAAUCUAGUGCCAUUCCUCUAGCAAUCCAAGAAAAGAGAGAUAUCAUAGCAAAAGCCAGUACAGGUUCUGGUAAGACCUUAGCUUAUCUAAUCCCAGUUAUUCAAACUAUAUUGGACUAUAAGAAGACUGAAGACAACGAAGAAGGUGCAACGUUAGGAGUAAUCUUAGUGCCAACUAGGGAACUUGCGCAACAAGUUUUGGAAGUGGUGGAAAAACUCAUUGUAUUUUGCUCGCAAGAAAUUAAAUGUCUAAAUUUAUCUUCAGGUAAUCUAUCAGGAAACUUAUUGAAAUCAUUACUCACUGAAAACCCAGAGAUCUUAAUAGCUACCCCAGCAAAACUCGUCGAUUUAUUAGACAAUCAGGACGUUAAUAUUGAUAAUUUAAAAUUCUUAGUGAUCGAUGAAGUCGAUUUGGUACUCACCUUUGGAUACCAAGAGGAUUUAACUAAAAUUUCAGAACGUUUGCCAUUAAGAAAGAGUUUACAAACUUUCUUAAUGAGUGCAACUCUAAAUGAUGAUAUCGAAGAAUUGAAAAAACAAUUUUGCCGUUCGCCAGCUAUUUUGAAGCUAAAUGAUGAUGAAAUUAGUAAAGAUCAGACCAAGCUAAUUCAAUAUUAUGUCAAAGUUGGUGAAUUUGAUAAGUUUUUACUAUGCUAUGUUAUCUUCAAGUUGGGUCUUAUCAAAGGUAAAACUUUAAUCUUUGUCAACAAUAUCGACAGAGGAUAUAGGUUAAAACUAGUGUUGGAGCAAUUUGGUAUCAAAUCAUGUAUCUUAAACAGUGAGUUACCAGCCAAUUCGAGACAACACAUAGUAGAAGAAUUCAACAAGAAUGUCUAUCAGUUAUUAAUCGCCACAGAUGACACUGAAUAUAUCAAAGAAGAGGAUGAAGACUUAGAGGUUGAUGAUGCAUCAGAAGAAAAUACAAAUGAAGAGAAAACAGCUACUUCUACGGAAGGCUCCAAAAAACAAAAGAAACAAAAGCUAAAUGUAGAGAAGGACAAAGAAUACGGUGUGUCCCGUGGUGUCGACUUUAAGAAUGUUGCCUGCGUCCUAAAUUUCGACUUACCUACUACCGCUAAAUCAUAUGUUCAUAGAAUUGGUAGAACAGCCCGUGCAGGAAAGUCUGGUAUUUCCAUAUCUUUUGUCGUUCCUUUGAAGGAAUAUGGUAAACAUAAACCAUCUAUGGUAAAGAGUGCGAAGAAGGAUGAAAAGAUCCUAAGUAGAAUUAUCAAACAACAAGCCAAAUUAGGGUUUGAACUACAACCUUAUAGGUUUGAUAUUAAACAAGUAGAAGGCUUCCGUUAUAGAAUGGAAGAUGGUUUCCGUGCUGUUACCCAAGUGGCUAUAAGAGAAGCAAGAAUAAAGGAGUUGAAACAAGAAUUAUUGGCCAGUGAAAAGCUAAAAAGACAUUUCGAAGAAAACCCACAUGAUUUGGAGAGUUUAAGACAUGACAAAGAAUUGCAUCCAGCUCGUGUUCAACAGCAUCUAAAGAGGGUCCCAGACUAUCUAUUACCAGAGAAUGCCAGACAAGAUAAACAGAAGAUAGGUUUCGUACCUUUCCACAAAAACUCUAGUAGAAAACAUGGGAAAGUAGGCAAGAGAAGAGGAAAUUUCCAAAAGAAGGGCAAAUCUGAUCCAUUGAAAAGCUUUAAAUAG